AUGUCACUGCAAUGGCCCUCAAACUGUGCCAGAUAUUUGGUCUACCUGAUGGUGAUCUUUCUGUUUGCACAGCACCUGGCAGACGCCUCCAGUCAGAUCGAUGUGGAUGAGGAUCUGAGGCACUUGCUGGGACGUUGCCAAAGCGGCAGUGAGGAUUACAACGAGUGCAUGCGGCAGGUGUUUAACGAUCUGCGAGCCUACUUCACAACAGGUGUGCCCGAUUACAAUAUUAAGCCCUUUGAUCCACAUCAUUGUACUUAUGUGGAACUGAGGCGAGGCGACUCCCAGGGCAUUGGCAGUUUUCGGCUGAUCUUGCGCAAUGUCUCCGAGUUCGGUUGGUCGCGAUCCGAGGUGACCAAGUUCCAUGCCGACCCCGAGGACCAACGUAUAGUCUAUGCCCAGUAUUUUCCAGAGAAGAGCCUCGAGGGCGAAUAUGAGUUUGCCGGCAAGAUGCUGGGCAAGGAGAUGGGGCGGAAAGGUCAUUGGAACUUGACGCUCUAUGACUACAGUCAAACCACCAGUGUGCGUCGCAUUGGAGAGCCGGGCUCUCUGAUCAAGGUGCAUGUGGAGGUGGAUCGCAUAGGCGGCAUGGAGCUGCACAUUGAAAACUUAUUAAAGGGACAACCGCUGAACCAACUGGCGGACGGAGUGAUCAAUAGUAUGUGGCAACUAGGACUACCCUUUAUCAAACCCAUGAUCAAUGAGCUAGUGAGCUCUGCAUUUACGGACAUCUUCAACGAAUCCUUUCGUUACUUUCCCCUCGAGAAGUUUCUUCCACAAUCCUCAUCUAGCUAUUAA